AUGAAAAACUUAACUACUUUUGCCCUCGUUGCAAUUUUGGCAGCCCACGCCUUACCUAACCGAGAAAGGUCACAAGGGGGCUACGAAAAUAGCGGGUACGAGAGAAGUUACAACAAUUUUGAAGGCAAAAACAAUAAUAGGGGAUCAGGCAGCAGCAGUGAAAACGACUGCGAUGAGAGUAAUGGAAGCAGUUACAGCAACAACCGUGAGAAAUCCUACGAUAAAGAUGGGCAUUACAUGAAGGAUAAUUAUCAGGAUAGGCACUUCUCUGCUAAAGCUUUCGCUGCUGCACCCGAUGCCGCCUCCGCUCAAUCUUAUGAUUAUGACCGCAAGGACAGCAUUUUUAAUUAA